AUGGCAAAAACCAACGGCAACGGUGCGGUGCGUAGCAUGAUGCAGCAGCACGCGGACGGCCCUGCGGCUAUGCUCGCCAUCGGCACUGCCAACCCGACUGGCAUGGUUCUGCCCCAGGACGAGUUCGUUGACGACAUCUUCCGCUUGACCAACAGCGACCACCUUACUGAACUCAAACAAAAGCUAAAGAGAAUCUGCCAAAAAACCGGCAUCGACAAAAGGUACUUCCACCUGACUCCGGAAUCAAUUGUUGCCCACCCGGAGUUCUUCGACAGAGAACUGCCAUCCCUCGACGCUCGCGUCGACAUGGUUGCCACCGCUGUCCCAGAGCUCGCACACUCGGCCGCGAUCAAGGCAAUCGCCGAGUGGGGCCGCCCAGCUACCGACAUCACCCACCUCGUCUUCAGCACCUACUCCGCCUGCCAGGCUCCGAGCGCCGACCUCCGGCUGGCCUCGCUCCUUGGUCUCCGUCCGACGGUCAGCCGCACCAUCCUCAGCCUCCACGGCUGCUACGGCGGUGGCAGGGCGCUCAACCUGGCCAAGCAGCUCGCCGAAAACAACCGCGGCGCGCGCGUCCUCGUGGCCAGCUGCGAGACAACCCUGGUCUGCUUCGGCCGCGCCGACGGGAGCAACCUCGUCGGCCACGCCUUGUUCGGCGAUGGCGCCGGCGUCGUCAUCGUCGGCGCCGGCCCCUUCAGUGAAACCGAACGCCCGCUGUUCGAGAUGGUCUCCGCCACACAAACCACGAUUCCGAAGAGCGAGCAUGUGCUCGGCAUGCAGGUCUCGGGAGCCGGAGUAGACUUCCACCUUGGCAUCCAGGUGCCGCUGCUGAUCGCGCAGAACGUCGAGCAGUGCCUCGUAGACGCGUUCAGUAGCGGGGGCCAUGCUCCGUGCUCCUGGAACGACCUCUUCUGGGCGGUGCACCCUGGUGGCCGCUCGAUCCUGGAUAACUUAGACACGGUGCUCAACCUGGAGCCGGGGAAGUUGGCGGCCAGCCGACAUGUGCUCCGCGAGUACGGCAAUAUGAGCGGCGCAACCAUCGUCUUCGUGCUUGAUGAGCUGCGCCGCCGUAGGAAGGAGGGUCUGCUGCCGGAGUGGGGUGCGAUGCUGGCUUUCGGACCAGGAAUCACAAUCGAGGCCAUGGUGCUGCACGCCACUGGCCACAACUACUGA